UAUGCCUUUUGAGUUUGAAUCAAAUGUCAACAAAAACCAAGUUAUUAUAUCUACUAACUCUCAACUCAAGGAAGGUAUUUCCUUUACAGCAAAGUUUGUACUCAAUUCCCACCCAACACUGAAAAGAACACUUUCAUCUUGUAGCAGAAAAAGAAGAGAACAAAAACAAAAAAAAGAAUCUUAUACUGUUCACUCUUCUGUAGACAAGAAAAAGAAAGAAAGAAAAAAAAUGAGGGUCACCCAUUUUCCCAUUUGUUCUCCUCCCUCUGCUCAAACUCAAAAAGGCAUUUCCCACUUUUUCCCUUCCAACUCCCAAAAACAGAAGAAAGUCUCAAACACCACUCUCCAACGCUGAAACGACACCCUUUUCUACAGAAAACGACAGCCAGAACCCAACCCACCAUUCCCCACCAAGGCUCAUGCUUUUCUCUCACUCCCUCUCUUCCUCUCCUUCUGCUUCUUCUCUCUUCAUGUUUCAGUCUUUCAAUUAUUUUCAAUAGAGCCGUUGACUUUUCAGUCAUUGACCGCACCUAGGAAAUGGACCAAUCAGUUCUGGACGACAUAAUCAAUCGUCUUCUGGAAGUCCGAGGCCGACCCGGAAAGCAGGUCCAGCUUUCUGAGUCCGAGAUCCGGCAACUUUGUUUGGCCUCUAAAGAAAUUUUCUUGCAACAGCCUAAUUUGUUAGAGCUUGAAGCACCCAUAAAGAUUUGUGGUGACAUACAUGGUCAGUACUCUGACCUUUUAAGGCUUUUUGAGUACGGUGGAUUACCUCCUAAUGCCAAUUACUUAUUCCUAGGGGAUUAUGUGGAUCGUGGAAAGCAAAGUUUAGAAACAAUAUGUCUUCUCCUUGCAUAUAAAAUAAAAUAUCCUGAGAACUUUUUCCUCUUGAGGGGAAACCAUGAAUGUGCUUCUAUAAACCGUAUAUACGGAUUCUAUGAUGAGUGUAAGAGAAGAUUCAAUGUGAGGCUAUGGAAGACGUUCACAGAAUGUUUUAACUGCCUACCUGUGGCAGCUCUGAUUGAUGAAAAGAUCCUCUGCAUGCAUGGGGGUCUUUCUCCUGAGCUGCAGAAUUUAGAUCAAAUCAGAAAUUUACAGCGGCCAACUGAUGUACCAGACGCAGGUUUACUCUGUGAUCUUCUCUGGUCUGAUCCCAGUAAAGAUGUUCAAGGUUGGGGAGGGAAUGACCGGGGAGUUUCAUAUACAUUCGGUCCUGACACAGUGACGGAGUUUCUUCAGAAGCAUGAUUUGGAUCUCGUUUGUCGUGCUCACCAGGUUGUUGAGGAUGGGUAUGAGUUAUUUGCCAACCGACAACUUGUGACAAUAUUUUCAGCACCUAAUUAUUGUGGGGAAUUUGAUAAUGCCGGUGCCAUGAUGAGCGUGGAUGAUACAUUAAUGUGCUCUUUCCAAAUAUUAAAACCUGCAGAUAAAAAGUCAAAAUUCAACUUUGGGAGCACGACUACAGCUAAGCCUGGAAAUACUUCGACUGGAGUUAAUGCUUUUGGGAGCACAACUACAGCUAAGCCUGGGAACUCUGUAACAGGAAUCAAGUCCUUGAUGCAGAGGUAAGAUGUUGGAUUUGGCAGAUAUGGGAGGUGCCGUGGCCCAGUUUGUAUCAUGAGCAUGUCAAGGUCUCCACUGGGAAACAUGAGGUCCAAUUUAUUUUCAUUGUAUCUGUUUAAAUUGUAAAAUUUGGAAGGAAAAAUCGUUAGAAACUAAUGCAGAAUGAUAUAAAGUUGGGUUUGGAGGUAGAAGGCUGCAUCUCCUUCCCUUCCUCCUUGUACACUAAUGGCUGCUACUUUUGCUGCUAUGAAUUAUUACUCUCUCCGAGACCAAAGAAAAGGUCAGAACAGUCGGUGCCUGCCUAUAAUGAAAUUCAGGGACAGCAAAAUAGAGAUGGAAAGAAAUUUUCAAGUCGUUUUGUUAACAAAA